CAUGUUUUUGGUUUAUCUUUCAGCGGAAGUUUUUGCUGGGCUGGCUACCGCGGAGGAGAUGGCUAAAGGCGCCAGCGUUGCGCAGGAGGGGCUUGCCGUUCCUCCGCCGCGUGAGCCUGCGCCUUCUGCGUUGGCCAACAGGCCUUCGCCUGCUGAUGUUCUUGGUCCUGGUGCUUCUGAACCUUCGAUCACAGGUUGGACUGAUGCCUUGCGCGAGGUUCAUUCCUUGGUCGGAGAUCGUUUUCGUCAGAAGCUUCGCGGCAUGGACUUUGACACGCUCCUUCGCGUGCAAUAUGAGCACCAUAGCCUUGGUCACCACAUGGCUGCCGCCUUAGAGGAGCGUUGCUCCCGGGAGGUUAUCUGCCGUGAUGAGGCAAUUGGUGUUCUGAAGAAGGAGAACGAGACCUUGGAGGCUGAGAAGGCUCGUCUGUCGGAGGAGGUUAGGGAGUUUUCCUCCGUCAGGAGGGAGGUUGACUCCCUGAAAAAGGAGAGGGAUGACUACAAGGCUGGGUCGGAGGCUCUAAGGAAGGAGAAAGAGGAUGCCGAAGCUUCGGUGGCGGUCCUCCGCACAAGUGUUGCUGAGGCGGGGAGAGUUAGGGACGUAGCCCUGCAGCGAGCUGAGAAGGCGGAGGACAUUGCUGAACGCCUUCGCAAAGAGCUUGACGCUGAGCGGACGUCUGCAGCUGAGCUGCAGACUCGCAUACAGAAGGCGGAAGCGGAGGCUGCAGCUAUUGUCGGGCUCUAUGCCGACUCGCUUGCGAAGUUUGGGGGAAGCACCUCUGCUCCUCCGCCCGGCGGCGAUGUUGGGGCUGCCCUCGCGUGGCUGAAGUCUCAUAUCCGCAUGCUCCCCGACUUUGUCGGAGGUGCUGUUGAUUUUGGGGCUUUGGCCGCGGUUAGCUCCUUCGCUAGGCUUUUGCGCCGCGGAGGUUGCUCUCACGCGGAGGGAGUCGCCAAGGAGGAAUUUGCCGCGGCGGAGGACGUUGGCGAAGGGACCCCUUCCCUGCGCAAAUCUGUCCGGAACUUUAUCAGUUCGUUCUGGAUUAGGUUUGGGCGGGAUGAGGCGAAGAAAAUGGCGGAGGAUCGUCGAGCUGAGGAGAUUGCGAAGAAGAAGGCUAAGGUUGUCAAGGCCGGUCCUUCGCGUCCACCGAGUGAGGCGUGUCCUCCGACCCAGCCUGAAGCGGAGGCUCGUGAUACUGGUGCCAAAUCUCCGGAGGGAUCUGGUGCCAAGGUUUCAGAGACUCCCGAGGCUCCUGCUCCUCCUCCGCCUCAGGUGUGAGGCUUUUUAGUUUUUAGGUUUUUCUUAGUCUUUUUUGCGUCCAAGCAUGUGACGCUUUUUU